CUCAGCGGCGCAAGCUGGCAUAGUUUCGAGCCCCUCGGCAACAAGUAUUGCGCUGACUCCCGAGCCAGACGCACGCGUUUUCGGUGGUGCUCUUCCAAGUAGUCGAAGUUCUUCAUGUUGCAAACUGUUUCCGUUUUCAUAUGCUAUUUUAUCGGUUGAGAUUCUUACCUUUCGGUUCGGUGACAUAAUUUGUCUAUAGUCUGUUUAGAGUUGUUGAUGAUCGUUAAAACGUUGAAUAUUUCUAACGUACCUUCAAUCCGUUGGAACUUUCAGUCGUUCGAACGCCCAAGUGACCAUCUGCGUGCGUUCAGGAAAAUUGUGCAGUGGAAAGGAGAGUGUGUCUGGCUGGAUAAUUCACAUAGCAAGUGCAUAUAAACAACUUGUGGGUGUCGUUUUGCUUGGCUGCAGCGCGCAAAACCGCCUUUUUUAUUGUUAUCGUGCUACUACUUCACAUAUAUAUACAACGAGCAAAAGUGGUUUUCUUUCUGAUAUCGGUUAUCUCACCGCGCAGCCAACAACCACCACAUUCGCGAUUCACGGGUUAUAGAUAGGUUGCCAUUGCCAACAAGUUACGACCGUUUGGGUACGAAAGAGACGGCGCAGUCUGUGAGGUUUGAAUAAGUGAUAAAGAAAUAAUAAUAAUAAUAGUUCAGAUCCGGACCGGUUGAAAGUGUAACCACUCAAACGCUCAACACAAAAGAAAAAGGAAGUCUCCAAGUUUUGGUCAAGAGCCAGUCAAACCGACGGUCUGACGGACUGACUGACUGACUGCGGUUCAGGAAACGACGACUGCGUCAUUGUUGUUCGUCGCCGAUUGCCAGAGAGGUUAUUGACUUGGAUCGGACAGAACUUCAAUUUUCGAGUACACAGUUCAGAUAUCAACCCGUGACCUCAACGCCCCUAUCCCCAUCAUGACACCGCGGGAAGCUAAAGGUGGGACAAAGUUCCGGUCAACGUGCCACGGAAAUAUCAAGCGCAACAAGAGCAAAAUCACUGCCGUCAGUAGCACCAGUAGUAGCAGCAGCAGCAACCGCUACAACCUAACCUGCACCAACAGCUCCCACUCGCCCCUGCAAACAAUUUGCAUUUUCCAGACUGUGAUAGUAUCGUUAGUGCUUGCCAUUUUCCUGCUACCCACCGAAAUCACCAGCCUAGAGAAUGGUCUCGCUCGGACACCCCCCAUGGGUUGGCUCUCCUGGGAGCGGUUUCGCUGCAACACGGACUGCGAAGGCGACCCGGAAAAUUGCAUCAGCGAAAAUCUGUUCCGCACGAUGUCCGACCUAGUGGUGACGGAGGGUUAUGCCGCUCUUGGCUAUGAAUAUAUCAACGUGGACGACUGCUGGCUGGAGAAGUCACGAGGGCCACGAGGAGAGCUGGUUGCUGAUCGGCGCCGUUUUGCGAGCGGUAUGAAGGCCCUCGCUGAUUACGUGCACGCCAAAGGACUCAAGUUCGGAAUUUAUGAAGAUUACGGUAACUACACCUGUGCCGGGUACCCGGGCAUUCUCGGCUUUUCUCAGAACGAUGCGGCACAAUUUGCUGCCUGGGAUGUGGAUUACGUAAAGCUGGACGGAUGUUAUUCCCUACCGAUCGACAUGGAUCACGGUUAUCCGGAGUUUGGAAGAAAUCUCAACGCCACCGGUCGGCCGAUGGUGUAUUCCUGCAGUUGGCCCGUGUAUCAGAUUUACGCCGGAAUGAAUCCAAACUAUUCGUCGAUUAUUCAGCACUGCAAUCUGUGGAGAAACUAUGAUGAUAUCCAGGACUCGUGGGCGUCACUGGAGAGUAUCAUCGACUACUACGGCAACAAUCAGGACGCGAUCAUUCCGAAUGCUGGCCCCGGUCACUGGAACGACCCGGAUAUGUUGAUCAUCGGAAACUUUGGCCUCAGCUACGAGCAGUCGAAGACUCAAAUGGCACUGUGGGCCAUCAUGGCUGCCCCACUGAUGAUGUCGGUCGAUCUGCGAACGAUUCGACCGGAGUUCAAAGCAAUUCUGCAGAACAAGAAAAUUAUUGCCGUCGAUCAAGACCCGCUUGGAAUUCAGGGCAGGAGGAUAUAUAAGCACAAAGGAAUCGAAAUCUGGUCCCGUCCGAUCACACCCAUCUACCAGACAUUCUACUCCUACGCCGUUGCAUUCGUGAACCGACGAACAGAUGGAACCCCAUCGGAUGUAGCCGUCACCCUGCGCGAGCUUGGCCUUAUCUCCCCCACCGGAUACAGAGUAGAGGAUCUGUACGAGGAAGUUGAUUACGGAAUACUGAGCCCGCAAACCAAAAUCAAAGUCAAGGUGAACCCGUCAGGAGUUGUGAUUCUCCGUGCCGAUGUCCAGCCAGAGCGGUAUUCCAAGAGACCGUACAAUCCGAUCUUCUACCGUUAUCCCAACUGAUUCAACUAGACGACUUUCAAAACCGAUGCCAGACGAAUGAACAUUUUUUCCAAGCAACAACAACAACAACUAGUACCUAAGUCUGAUUAAAGUGCGUGUGAUUCCAUUCUGCGUAGAUUUUUGCAAAGCACCCUGACGGUACCAAGGAAUUGGACAAUACAUAACAUACAUAACAUAAGAUUGUGUAGAUAGUCAGCGAUAGAUAACAGAUAGUCGUAGCCUAUUACAAAAUGUAUCUAAAUUGAAGCAAUUGUACAAACGAUUAUGGCUCGUUCAGGGGCCAGCAACUCUCUACCCAGGAAGCACAUAUCUUAGAAACUGUACCGACAUAAAAUUGAGAUGUGCCAGCUCCACCAAAACGCAAUGAAUUCCCUAUGAACCGAUCACUCAGCAAAGCAAAGCAAAAACGGACCAAAAACCACUAACCGUGCAGAGUAAGCCGCAGUAUAAGUGAUUCUAAAAAUAAAGUAGUUGCGAUGUAUUUAAUCGUAUAACAUGCAUAUAUUCUAGAGUUAGAGUGUAUUAGAUCUUUCCACUGCCAAAGGCAAGUGAUUCGUAAGGAAUUCAUUCAGAAUGGUGAUAUUUAUUAUACAAAGCACUAAGCUGCCUUGUAACUGCAUAUUCCAAUCAGUUUUCUCCGUGAGACCGGUGCUUGCAAAGUUAUUGAAACACUAGUUAAAUUUUCAUUUCAACCACCAGCAUUGGAAACCGUUGAGAAAUAUGCCGAUACAUAAUACAAACAAGAAACUUCAAAUUAAUAUGAAUGCAAUUUUUCGGAACCAACCAAUCCGUAAGCUCACUGAGAAGCAGUGUUUGUGGGCGACGGAACAUAUUAAAGCAAUCGCACUUGCUAUAAAACGGAUAAGACGGUGUUGUCAAUUCACGGAUAAGCUACCGAACUAUGUUUGCCUUAUAUCAAACAAAACAGGCAGUGAAUGAACUCAUGCCCGAUAAUGUAAUUUAUUUUUAUCCUAGUGCAUAAGUGAUAUGAAAUUAAAUAAACUAUAGAAAGAAGACGAUAA